GUUUAUUUUAAUUUUUAGGUAGUAAUAAAUUAUUUUUUAAGAGUUUUCUGAAGGAACAUUACAUUAAUUAGUUACAAAUUUUAUCUGAAAACUAUUUACUGACACUAUGUGAUUAUUUAAUCGAUCUAAAUUGAGUCUUUUCAUUUUUAAAUCUUAGGUAUACUCAAAUCAAAAUUUCUUAAAAUGUUAGUGAAUUCAUGUCUUCAUAACUUCCCGGGCUUUCGAUUGAAUAAUUGACGUGUUCGUGGGUAAUGGGUACGCAUGCGUCGUCAGAUCAGCGAGAAGUGAGCUGCGAUAUUGCUUCAAAGUCUGCACUGCGAGGACAGCAGUCUAGAGUAACAGUCGUCGCCACAUGAAAUAGUCGACUUCUACUACACUCACUUAGUGAAUUUUCGAAUCGUGUUCGCAUAAGAUACUUCUUGCCCGCUGAAAGAAAAGUCACGGGAACUUCCCAACUAAGCAUGCAUCGCGGCCAGCUGAAUGGCAGUUCGUACACUGCUUUGGGCAAGGUGUACAAUGAUACAACUCUUCCUAACAAUAAGGGGGGUUAUAAGAAAAUUCUUCAUCUUGGUGGAGCUGCAAGGAAGUUAGGACCGUUACUGUAUAGAAAACAUUGUGAAAUGAACGAACCAUUAACGGAAAAUCAAAUCUUGGACGCAGAGAACAAUCACUUGAAGAUGCCUUCUCUGAAUGCUGAAGAAACAGCCCUACUCAGCAUGGACGACAUCGAGCUGAAGAACAUCCAGCUGCAGUUCCCGAGCGCGCGUCGCUUCAGCGGCGAGGGCGGGUGCGUCGAGGUGCGCGUGCGCACCGACCGCGGCGAUAUACUGGUGGCUGUGCAGGGAGACCGCUCCAAGCCCGCUAUCAUCACCUACCAUGACAUCGGGAUGAACUACAUCUGUUUCCAAACGUUCUUCAACUACGUUGACAUGCGCGCGCUUCUCGAGAACUUUUGCGUGUACCACAUAAAUGCACCGGGACAAGAGGAGGGUGCGGCUUCGCUGCCUGACGAUUACCUCUACCCAACUAUGGAUGAGUUGGCGAACCAGAUUAACUACGUGCUUGGCCAUUUCGGCAUCAAGACUUUCAUCGGCUUCGGCGUCGGCGCAGGCGCGAACAUUCUCGCUAGAUUCGCCCUCGUUCACCCGCAGAAGGUGGAUGCCUUGACCCUGAUCAACUGCACUUCAAGCCAGGCCGGGUGGAUCGAGUGGGCUUACCAAAAGAUGAACUCCCGCUCGCUGCGCGCCCGCGGAAUGACCCAGGGUGUCCUUGAUUACCUCAUGUGGCAUCACUUCGGCAGGUUUGCCGAGGAGCGCAACCAAGACCUGGUGCAGUUGUACCGCGGAUACUUCACCCGCCAUCUGAACCCAACCAACCUGUCCUUGCUGAUGGACGCAUAUGUGCGCCGCACUGAUCUGAACAUCUCCCGCGAGGGUCACACCCUUCGUGCCCCGGUGCUGAACAUCACUGGCGCUUUGUCUCCCCAUGUGGAUGACACCGUCACUUUCAAUGGACGCCUGCAGCCCACCAACUCUACUUGGAUGAAGAUCUCUGACUCUGGUAUGGUGCUUGAGGAGCAACCUGCCAAAAUAUCCGAAGCUUUCCGCCUCUUCUUGCAAGGCGAAGGGUACGUGGCGCCACUGUCACCCACGAAGAUCAUAGCGUUCCGCCGACUGUCCGCGGACGCGGGCCGGCGCCGCUGCCGCCACUCGCCCGUCAUCCGCAUCACCGAGAAUCCCAUCUCGGAGGCAGUGGUCUGCUAAAUGCCAUCACCAACUAAACCCCCCUCCACACGCGCCCCUCACCCCCUUCGACCGUCGCGCCCCGAUGUGCUAUCGUGGAAAUUUAUCUCUCGAUGUCUAUCAUAUAUACCGCUAAAUUAAAAUCGCGCCAUUCGCGCUGUCAAAACCUCUUAGGCUUUUCGCAUAUAAAUUUCCACGUACGCUCAUCAAUUGAAUGGUAUUUGAAAUCGAAAUGUUUUAUUUUAAUCGCAUUCGAUUUCAGAUGUGUACAUAUCGAGGCAAACUUGCCUUUUAGAAUGAAUGUGUUAUCAUCAAUGUUGUAAGGGUAGACGCGCGACGGACGACCCCCAGCUUCACUUCGUAAGAGGGAUUCCCUAUAUUUAUGUAAUAUCAAUAUAAAAUUAAGAAAAAAUUUAUUAGAUACACACCAAACUAUCUUACAUGUAUAACACUAUAUGCAUUUAUUAUCCAGUAUUCUUAUAGGUUUACAUGUUUUAUUUAUACAUAAAACGAAAGUAUAAAUGUGUACGGAAUAUUUCAGAGGCUCUUAUUUAUUUGAUUUUAUAAUUAUUAAAUAAAGUUUAACUAUGUAGUGACUGCUUUAACUAUUGGCGUAUACUUAGAUGUUGACGCAAACAUUAGGAUAUGCCGUCGUAGGUACAUUUUUCGGAGUUUUUCAUACGAUUAUAUUUAGCACGAACUUAUAUAGAAUAGGAAUUAAAUGAGAAUGUAACACGGAGAGUUGUAUUAUCUAUGUCGCUGGGUGCUAUGCUAAGACCAAGAUUUUGAAAUGAAAUAACGAAAAAAAAUGUUUUAAAAACUUUUGCAAAUAUUCUAAUAAUUUAUUCAAGGAAUCUUAUGUAUCGAUGUGUUGUGAGUUAUUUGUUUUAAAAUGGUGAAUUUUGUAAACGAACAAAUCUUGCCGUAUGCUUACUAAUAUUAUUAUUAAGUUAUAAAAGUAUUACUUUAUGUUCCUGUUUAUAAAACCCCGACAUCAAUGCAUUAGUCUCAUCGAACAAACGAUAGAGGGCGUUAUUUUUAAAAUUUACUGUAUAAUUUUAAUUAAAAAUUAACAAUAUACUCAGUAUUCUAUCAAAGUUUUUUGAUAUAUUUUUAUAAUUAUUUAAUUUUAAAUGUAAACAGUACAGUUUUUUAUAUUAAUUUAAUCUUUUAUCAUAAGUUUGUACACGAUGUAUUUUCACGCUACUUAUAUGGAUUGGACAGAAUGCAGUUAAAAGAUGGAAUUUCGUUCGUAGCAAAUAGCAUUAGAUUUGAGUAGUGUAAUCGUUGAUUUUAGACUAUAAAGAUAUAAGUUAGACAUAUUUUCAACUAUUCAAAGUAACAAAGACGUCAACAACUUUUCCGCGCAUUAUUCUAACGCUUCGUAGAAGUACAAUUUCAAACUUUAUGUAAACAUUUUGUAGAAUCUCAAAAUCCAUAGAAGCUAAUUAUAAUUUGAAAAUGUUGCGAUUAUUUGUGUGAUUUAUGAAUCUAUUAAAUGGUGGUUUUCUAAUAAA